AUGGAGAAAAAUAGCAACGUAAACGACCUCCACCUUGCUGCUGAGCUUGGGAAGACUCUACUGGAUCGUAACACUGAGCUAGAGGAAUCUUUACAGCAAAUGUAUGCAACAAAUCAAGAGCAACUGCAGGAGAUAGAGUACCUCACAAAGCAAGUAGAGCUCUUGCGUCAGAUGAACGAUCAGCAUGCAAAGGUAUAUGAACAGCUGGAUGUUACAGCGAGAGAACUGGAGGACACGAAUCAAAAACUAGUUGCAGAGAGUAGAGCAUCGCAACAAAAGAUACUAAGCUUGACAGAGACUAUUGAAAGUCUGCAAACACACAUAGAUGACCUGCAAAGACAAGUAGAAGAAUUGAAAAAGUCUGGACGAGGCCGGAUGAGCCACGAGAGAUCUGACCAGCCAAGAUCAAUGCAUAGUUUCUCAUGUUUGAAGGAGCUGUAUGACCUUCGCCAGUAUUUUGUUUAUGAUCAUGUGUUUGCAGAAAAAAUUACUUCAAUGGAUAGUCAGCUAAGCCCCCUAGAAGAAGAAAAUGAGAACUUAAAAAAGGCAGUGACAGUUUUGCAAGCCCAACUUAACCUAGAAAAAGAGAAGAGGGUAACAAUGGAAGAGGAGUACAGUCUCAUGGUAAAAGAAAACUGUGACCUUGAACAGAGGCUGGUUGACAUAGACUUAUAUCGGGCUCGUGCAGAGGAGUUGGAAGUGGAAGUUGCUGAAAUGCGACAAAUACUUCAGUCUGAAAACACAUUCCAUAAUGCAGAGAAACUGGUGCCAGAGUCCUUUUUUAUUUCAUUCAAAGAAUCCUUGGAAAGGGAGCUUGCUCAGAGCCCUGCAGAUGAUGGACUCCUGACUGUCUCAGAGCUUGACAAGAAGGCCCUGAAAAGAAGCAACAGUGAAACUUUCCUAAGCAGUGCUGCAGGGGGAGACAUUCUAAGGGGCCAUGAGGAAACCUGUAUCAGGAGAGCUGAAGCUGUGAAGCAGCGAGGAAUCUCUGUACUUAAUGAAGUUGAUGCCCAGUACAAUGCUCUAAAGGUGAAGUAUGAGGAACUUUUGAAGAAGUGUCAGAUGGAUGAAGAUUCUGUGAAACACAAGGCAGUGCAAACACUGAAGCAGUAUUCCAAAGACCUUAACGUGGGGAAUACCCAGUAUGAUCUUUCAGCUAGCCAUCAAGAAUUUACAAAUGUGGAACUAAGUGACUCUCCCACAAAUGCUCUUCCUGAAUAUAAAGCACUCUUCAAAGAAAUUUUUAGCUGUAUCAAAAAAACAAAGGAAGAAAUUGAUGAACACAGAGCUAAGUAUAAGUCACUCUCUUCUCAGCCAUAACACUGUACAUGCUGAUGACCCAUUCUCUGUAAAUGAGUAAUCUGUUAUUCAGAAGGGGGGGGGGAACUUUACAAGUGUCAGAAGGUCCCUUAUAUUGAUGUAUUUUUGAGCACUCUAAGUGAAUGUUUUGAAUUGACUUGUAAAUAGGCAGUUAACAAGCUCACUAGUUAAGGGCUAGUCUCUCUGUACUUAUGUUAGCAAUAGAUUUAAUGUUUAGCACAGCCACACAAGCAAAAGGUUGUAAAGCAAACAUUGCUUUAUUUUCAUUCUAUAUUUAAUCUCUGGCCACAGCAGUAACUGAAAAAUCUAUCUUACUCAGUCCACUUCAAAAAUAACAGAUCUAAGAAAUCUGUACUGUUCUUCUCACAAGAAACUGGACUAAAGCUUUGGGUCACAGGUGAUGCCCUGUAAGUAUGUUAGUGUAGAAAAUAAACAAAAACAGAACCCCAGAACACUAUUAUGGGCAGCCUCUCCUUGAUUCUUGAGUAUGAAGUUAGCAGUCUAAGUCUAGCUGAACUUGCUUUGGCAGGGAGGUUGAGAGCUGGCACAGUACCUUGUACUGUGCUUAGUUCAAGCUAAUGCCACAUUUUCACAUGCACUAAGCUCUCCCACAGAUUAUUGUAAAUGUCUUCCUACUUACAAAAAAAAAAAAAAUUGAUGUAAAGUUUGUGUCUUUAGGUAUGGUUUAUUAUUUAGGGCACUUUGUCUUAAAGCAAGAUACUGUGAAUUGAUUAUGUAUGUUACCUGGGAUUUAUUGUUCUUUUUUGGUGGUAUACCUGCAAAGUACAUUUGUGUUUUUGUGUAUUUGGUAAGAUAGAAAGUUGCAAUUUAGCUAUUUAACUUUAGCAGUAGCAUUGACAUAGAAUAGCUUUUUAGCUUACAUACCACAAACUCCAAGUGCUUAAAGGUGACAGGCCUGGUAAAACCUUAUAAUAUGGUUUUGUCUGUUGCUUCCAGCUUGAGUUCCAUGUUGUUGGGGAGAGGCAGGGCUGACAACUCUGCCAGAACAUAUCCUACUGAAAACAGGGGACCGGCUCUUGUUCUUCCUCUCCUCUACUCCCUAAUAAUAUUUUGUAGGGAUUCAAAUUCUGAAAAACAAGGAAUAUGGAGAAGUACUUUCUUUAAAAUGGCUUCAAAAUAUGUUAAAA